AAAAAACAGUCUGUUUGAAUCUCUAUUGUUAGCUUGCGAGGGAUUGUUGGCAAGUAUUCGACGUUAUUUAGAGUCUUCUGUGAGUCGCUGUAUUCAAAUAGUGUAGAUUACACUGUGCAUUAUGUAAAGCAGUGUCAGCCACAAGACCCAGGCAUGAUCUCGCGUUUGGUGUGCUCAGAGUAGCGAGCGUCGUGCUGUUCGUAUCAGCGUGGACAUGUUGUUCUUACAACUGGUGACUUAAUAUCGCACCAUGGAAAGCAAAGUAUUACUAAUGUUACUGUUUUCGCUGUGUUAUAGCGACGGGGCCGUGGAAAAACACCACUGUGAGAAGAUAACCAUUCCGAUGUGCAUAGGAAUUGGCUAUAACAUGACGGUAAUGCCAAAUCUUAUGGGGCACAGUGAUCAAAGCGCUGCCGCUAUCAACGUUCAUGAAUUCUCACCGCUCGUCGAAUACGGAUGUGCUCCACAUCUCAAGUUUUUUCUGUGUUCGCUGUACGCACCGAUGUGUUCCGAAGAGCUGGAGCAACCUAUACCCGCUUGUCGGCCUAUGUGUGAGGACGCUCGCAGAUUAUGCAGCCCCAUCAUGGAACGAUUUAACUUCCCUUGGCCAGAAUCUUUGGACUGUACCGUGUUACCUGUGAAGGGUGAAAGAACGAGACUGUGUAUGGAGGCCCCCGACAUAAACGAUAACAGUUCGUCAAACUAUCCUGUAACAGGCGGGCCGUACCAAGGAAUACCGUUUAAUGACGACUUGCCAGCUGAGGAAGUGACAACAUUGGAAGCCAAUCCGUGUGCAUUUAACCCAGAAAGAUGGGUUUAUGUUGAGAAAACUCAGAAAUGUGCAGCAAGGUGCGACGUGGAUGUCUUCUACCAGGAAAUAUUCCUUUCAAUGUGUUACUUCGUCUCAGUGGCUUACAUUGUGAGAUUGGUAGUAGGACCCGAGGCAAUCUCUUGCGAUGAAACUAACAAAGGUGUUACAUACAGAAUACAGGAAGGACUCGAAAGUACUGGCUGUACCAUAGUCUUUCUUAUUCAGUAUUAUUUCUAUAUGGCCAGCUCAAUUUGGUGGGUGAUUUUAACUUUAACUUGGUUUCUGGCCGCCGGCAUGAAAUGGGGCUACGAAGCCAUUGCAGCGCAUAGUAGCUAUUUUCACCUAGUGGCGUGGGCUAUACCGGCCGUGAAAACUAUUGUAGUGCUUGUAAUGAGAAGAGUAGAUGGAGACGAAUUGACUGGAAUGUGCUAUGUGGGGAAUCAAGAUUCUAAAGCGCUGCUUGGAUUUGUUUUAAUCCCCCUUUUUUGUUAUUUUAUAAUCGGCACCUCGUUCAUCCUUGCCGGGUUUGUUUACUUGUUUCGCAUUAGGAAGGUGAUGAAAAUUGGUGGGAAGAACAUAGAAAAACUGGAAAAACUAAUGGUUCGCAUUGGGGUAUUUUCUGUGUUAUACACGGUGCCAGCCACGUGUGUAAUCGCUACGUACUUUUUCCAAUACAUUAACAUGGAAGACUGGGAACAUCAAGCAAAAUACGAAAAUGACUGUGUUGACGACCAGUGUUUGCUAGCGGAAUCAAUACCAAAUGUUCCCGUUUUAGUUGUAAAGAUUUUCAUGUUAUUAGUCGUGGGAAUUACCAGUGGUAUGUGGAUAUGGAGCUCAAAAACUGUGAAUUCGUGGCAAAGAUUUUUUAAUAGGAGGUUUCAUCGAAAGAAACAAAUUACAUUGAAUUACAAGGUACCGAUUGUACCGCAUUCGCCGCCGAGAUAUUCACCGCCGAGAUCCAAAUAUACUAUUAGCCAAGGAAGCUACAUACCCGCUGGUUACAACACCCCGGUCUAGGCAAAGAACGUUUAUUCGUUAAAAAUGAAUAAAGAGACGAGGAUAAUGCCGGUCCAAGUUGUUGGAAAUUUGACACCAGUCCCUGACUUUUAAGCUGGCAGAACUACCUAGCCUUGUGUGUGCUAGUGUUUGGUUAGACUGACCUAGCCACUGUUCAAAGGCCGCAUUGUUUGUCACAACAUUUAGGCUGAGUAACCAACUGAGGCAGAAUGGAACACGGAGGACACAAAGAUGUUUUAUGUAUAAGAGAGAUCACGUAAAACGUCAGCAUAUCAGCUAAAGUCUCGGCAUUGAGUCUUUACAGCUGUUUUGUUUUACAAAA